CGCGCUCAGGCGGAAGUGGCGCACCCGUGAGUUCCGCAAAGUGCCAGCGUUUUGAGCUUAGCGGUCUAGUUUGAGUCGGAUACUUAAUCACCGCCCAGGAGGGGAACGCCAGAAUUUCGGUGCUUUGCGGAAGGGAUCCAAGUCAGUCCGCCGACGAGAGAACCGAAGCUCGGCCUGCGGGAGGGGCCGGGAAGCCUGGGCGGAGCGAGAGGGGCGCGGAGGAAAGGGCGCCUGCGGGCCAUGGCGCCACCUCCGGGGGUGGGUCCCGCGUCUCUACGGUUUGCAGCUGCGGCCUGCUGGCUGGUCGUCCGCCAACGUCGCGUGGAGCACUUCCCAAGAGUGGUAGAGUUUCUGCAGUCCCUGCGCGCAGCCGCUCCCGGCUUGGUUUGCUACCGACACCACGAACGUCUGUGUAUAGGCCUAAAAGCCAAGGUGGUGGUGGAGUUGAUCCUGCAGGAGCAACCCUGGGUCCAGGUCCUGAAUGCCUUGGAUCAUCACUUCCCAGAGUCCGGACCGGAACCACUGAACCCUGCAACUAAAAGGCAAGAUAGGAAGAUUUUAGAAGCCCGGGAGAAUUUUUGCCUGCAUGUGAAGCAGCUGUCAAAGGCUGAGGAUUUGGCCUCGAGCCUGCCGGAACUCAAACAAGACUAUGGGGAACCCUUUCUGGUUGCCAUGGAGAAGCUGUUAUUUGAAUACUUGUGUCAGCUAGAGAAAGCACUGCCUCCAGUCAAGGCACAAGAGCUUCAGGAUGCCCUAAGUUGGCUUCAGUCUGGCUGUUUUGUCACCUCUUCUGUUGCUUUGCGCCACUAUGGUAUGGAUAUGGGAUGGCCAUUUCCAGAGAGCUCAGCUUCUGGCUCAGUGAAUCUGACAGAACCAGUGGAACAGAGUCCUCGUCAGCAAGCAAAACCAGCACUCCAUAGUCCUCUGCCUAAAGCUAAGUCUGGCCUUCACCAGCCAGCUUCACGGGAGCACCCAGAACAUUUAGCUGGCAGCCGCUUUAAUCUGGCCCCUCUAGGGAAGCGAAAAUUCCGAUCACAGUGGACAUCUGCAAAGGGAUGUCAUAAAGAGCGGCCUACAGUCAUGCUGUUCCCCUUUAGGAAUGUGGACUUAACAGCCCAAAAUACAUCUCACCGGAAAAGCAGGGAAGAGCAUGGAGUGGACACAGCGGGUUCUGUGGGUACAAAACCAGUCGCCACUGGAAAAUCCAAGACUGCAUCUCAGACCACAGGGAAAAGAGCUCCAGAAGAGAGCCUCCCUGACAUACCUGCUGCAGAGCAAAUGGAGAACUCUGUGAAUUGCUACAUGGAUCCUCUGAAACUGUCAUUAUCACCUGCUAGACCCAAGAAACCAGCGGCAGUGCAGUCCCCGUCUCUGUGUGGCUCUGUUAUUACCAUAGGGGACUGGGUUUUGGACUCUGAUGAGGAAGAAAAUAACCAGAGGGAAAGAAAGGACAGCUGCAGCCUCCAUCCUACAAAGUAACAAACACUGUAAGAGACAGCAUGGACUUCUCAAGGCUUCACAACUGCCCAUAUCAAAAUGGACAUGAAUUCAGCUCCUGACUGGGACUUUACUGGGGCCCCACACCACAGAAAACAUAGCUGCUAGGCAGCCAGCCGCAAUCCUCCCCAGCCCUUGGGUCUUACUGAAAUGAUAUGGCCUUUGAGGCCAUGAGCAGCAUCUGCACACUCCAUCACUGCGCUGAGCUGUGGGUACCCCACUCCAGUUUUCUUCCGAGUUGUACAAACAGAGCCUGGGAAGAAUGUGACAGGUGAGAAAAGCGUUCUGUGGUUACCACCAAAGGGGUAGAUAGAACAGCGGCCCCAGGGAACCAGCUUACCAGGACCAAUUCCCACUUUGAUGAUGUCAGCUCCAGAGAGGAUUAGCUCUUCUACCAUCUCUCCUGUUACCACAUUUCCUGCCUAAGACACAAGCAAAAGAGAACACCCUUAGGGUCAGCGGUGGAGAGCAGCUCUGUGCUCAAAUGGCAUGCCUUGACUGUGACCAUCCUCUUACAAAAAUAAAGGACAUCCAGAGCCCCUCUAUAGGACCUUCCCAAUUUCAGAGGACCUGGAUUCCCACUCGCCUUUCUCUCCACAUUCCUAUUUUCACUUAGUGUAAAGAAUAGAGAGAACUAGCCAGUGUUGUCAUUGAACUAGGGCUAAACCGUCCAGAAGGACCUUUAAGGCAGUAAGGUCAACCAGCAAGAAGACAAAAUGGCAUUAAAAAGGUAUUGGUGAGGCAGAGAAAUACCACUCAGAUCUGACAGUGGUCCCCUUUCACUACCAGGUCACUACUUCCCAGUCCUGAAGCUCC